UCCUAGCCGUGUGAUUCAUCUAGACGAGAUUUGAGAGAUUUCCAUAUUACCGACUUGUGGUAAACGCUUGCGUGGAAACGUCCAAUGAAGAGACCUUUGCAAGGGACUAUUGUACCUCCUGCCUUUCAACAAUGGCUUCCAAACAGGUUGACAAAAACUGCCUUUACAAAAGAAGGGCGUUUUUGUGUUUGUGUGAAGAACUGUUGUUGGCGCACAACUGUUUUUUCACCAAGAGGCUCUCAGUCCAGAGUCUUUUUUACUAUGGCGGAUUCCGCAGUUAGGGGACCUCCAGGGAUGGGAGGAACUUCAACGGAUAACAUGGACUCCGUAGUUCAAGGGGACCGCAGACCUGGCUCUCAUAAAGGUUUCGUUGAGGAGAUGCGGUUUGUGGCAAUGCGUCUGCACACAAGGGAUCAGGCAAAAGAAGGCACUCUUGAAGAAAGCGCUCUUCCAAUUCAAGAAUGGCAACCAAGUCAACAAGAUUAUUUACAGUUUCUCGUGGACUCAAAACAUGUUUAUGACUUUUUUGAAAAUUUUAUGAACCAAAGUCAAGAUAAUAUGUUUGUGAACUUUAGACGAACUGGUUUGGAGCGAGUUUCUGCCUUGGAAGAAGAUUUGGAUUGGUUUAGGCAACGUGGUUUUUCCAUACCAAAACCGGAGAAGCCUGGAGUAGCUUACGUGGAAUAUCUUCAGUCGCUGGUUCAGGACAAACCACACGCUCUUUUGUGCCAUUGGUACAAUUUUUACUUUGCACACACUGCGGGUGGUAGAAUGAUUGGGAGACUGAUGUCCAAGUUACUCUUCGAUGGCCAUGUGUUUGAGUUUUAUAAGUGGGAAGGAGAUGUGAAACAGAUUCUCGAUCAAGUUCGAGUUAAAAUCGACGAAACCGCGAGGGACUGGCCCCGUGAGGUUAAGGACGAGUGCUUGAAGGAAACUGGGCUUUCUUUUUCUUACUCGGGAACCAUUCUUGGACACCUGGCUAAACGAGGUUGAAGCCUUACUUAACGUUUGUUAUUUUGAAAGUAAAUAUUUCUUCUUUAUUACUAUCAUUAGA